AUGGCCGACGAAGGAAAGCCAGGCCCGACCGCCGCCGAGGCCAUCUUCUUCUUCAACAUUGUCCAGCACAUGAAGAACAAAGGCGACAUUGACUGGAAUGCCGUCGCCGAGAGUUCCGGCUUCAAGAACGCUGGCGUUGCCAAGGUCCGCUUUGGCCAGAUCAAGAGAAAGUACGGCCUCGAGGGCGACAGCCCCACCAAGAAGACCGGCAAAGGUGCGCAGGCCGGCGAUGUAUCCUCGACGCCGACCAAGGUCACCAAGUCCCGCAAGGCGCCCGGUGGUGGUGGCCGGGGCCGCAAGGUCAAGAAGGAGGAGCCCGAGGAUGACGACGACGACGAGAACGAUGGCCGCGCGGCCAAGGAAAGGAGCGAGACGCCUCCGGCCAGCGGCAUCAAGAGAGAGCCGGCCGCCGAUGGCUUUAAUUUAUUCUAA